AUGGCUACACGGGCUUGCUCUGGACGACUAUAUAAUACGUUGGUAAAGUUCUCUGUAAUAAUAUGGACUUGUGUCUAUGUGAUACGCGGUGAAUUGCCAAUAAAUUAUGGCAGUCUUGUGAUUGCCUGUGUGUUGUUCUCCGUUCCGGGAAUCCGUUCGAAUUGUGAAGAACCACCACCUGUUCCUAAUGCAAUCCGUCAAGGUCAAUGGCAAGGUGGUGAUGUCAGCUAUUCCUGUUAUCCUCACCAUGUAUUAGUCAGUGGUGAUUUAUAUAGAUGUUGUGAAGAAGAUAUAUAUGAUGGAGAUGAACCCAAGUGUGUAUAUGAUUGUGGUGCACCACGAACAAUUCCUGGAACCCUAUAUUCACUCGGAUCAACGUUACAAGGGUCUACAAUAAGUUACGACUGUGAUUUUCCACAUGAAGAGUUUGGCUCCAACUCACCAGAUGUUCAAUGUGAUGAAGAAACCAAACAAUGGACUCAUACGCAAUUCAUGUGCUAUGAUACAAGCUCUGCUAAUUUAGCACUCAAUAAACCAGCUCUUCACAAUGGUAAUUCUGCCAGUUAUCUGGUGGACGGGUCGGACUCAACGUGUAACACUGUAAUAUCAGAUCACCAUUUGAUUGAAAUAGACCUUGGUCAGGUAGUGAACGUCAUUAAAUUGGAAAUUAUCAUUGGAAACGAACUACCAUUGGUGAAUGUAUCAGUGUUAAAUUCCAAUAAUAAUAUAUUAUCAACAUGUAAGAUAUCGUUAACAUCAAUUCCGCCUUGGACACCAACUACUUUGCACUGUAACCCUACUUACAGCACCAGGGCUCCGGGAGACAUACUAUACGUAGCGGCUAAGUUAUUGUCUCCCAUGCAGAUGUCGUUUUGUGAAAUGAAAGUAACAGCUACAAAUUAUUAUGGUGAUUGUGGUAAACCGCCCACACAACCCGGUCAAGAAGCAUCGUAUACCACAACAGGGGAAAACAGUAUAGCUACAAUCUCGUGCGUGUCACCGUGGCAUGCCAAGUCUGGUUCUAAUUCUAUCGUCUGUCACCUAACACAAUGGUCGCAAUCGAGUUUAGAAUGUACAUUGGAAAGUAAUAUAGCAGAGAAUGCAGUUGCUAUGAACGUUGAUGGAGAAGCGGCAUUAGAUAAUGAUAUAUCAACAUGUUAUACCGGUUUGAAUAAUGGCAUAAAUAACCCUAAUUGGCAAAUCGAUCUGUUGGCACUUUAUUCAAUAUCCAGUAUAUCUGUAACAUUUGGAGUUAACGGUAUGAACAUAGCUCAUUAUAUCAAAAUAUCCGACGACAAUGGUGGUACAAGGUAUUGUCAACCUGAAUAUCCUCGUGAUGGUGUAACUCUCUUUGACUGCCCACAGGGACCUGUUGGUAAAUACAUUAAUAUGACUGCAGCAUGGCCUAUUCAUAUCUGUGAUGUCAAAGUUCAUGGAAUGCUACAUCAAGGCGUUCUGGAUUGCUCCAUGGACUCCCAAGGAAGGGAUUACAAAGGUUAUCAAACAGUCACAGUUUUUGGUAAAACUUGUUUACCUUGGUUGAUAAACUCCUCCUUUACCGCGUGGCUUUUUCCUGAUGUGGUCGCAAGUAAUGUGGCGAAUCACUGUAGAAAUCCCCAAACAUUCGAGAAAGAAAGACCUUGGUGUUUAGUAUCUCAAACAGAGUGGGAAUUAUGUCCUGUUUUUGAAUGCUCAAGCUUCUGUAAGACUACCACCGACGGCUUUCAAUAUGAUGGCGAAGUAUCGUUUGCUGUGUCUAAUAAGACUUGUGAGAUGUGGAGAAAAUCGAGGUUUCGACAUGAUUUUUCUGGUAAUGUUCAACAUUGUCAAAAUACCUACAAAGACCAAACACAACCAUGGUGUAUAACAGAUUUAGCAACCAAUACCUACGAGUUCUGUCUUAUACCAGAUUGUCCAAAAACAGUUCCUCCAACAAUUACUGUAAGUGAGAAUAGCACUGGUUUUGAUUAUGAGAACGAGCUGCAGACAUGUAUGCACUGGUCACCUUUCCCGUUUAUGGCACCAUGGAAUCCACUGCAUAUACAUUUGGAUUACAGAGGAACUAUACUCAACAGUUUCUGUCCAUGGUCUGGUAUGCCCAUCAUCAGACUGUUUUGUAUUCGCCACAAUUUACAACUUACGUUUCUUGACUUCAUAUGUGAUCCUGGUGCUCUUGCAGUGGAAAAUACAGAAUCAUCUAUAAGCAGCUUCUUUGAAACUACUGUUGCGUUAUCCUCUGCAAGUCCCUCAGUAUUGACCAUUGAUUCCUCGGACAUGACGUCCUUCACAUUUACAGACCAAACCUUACUUUCAGAAGCGAUAUCUAUGUUCGAAACAUCCUCCGACAAUCUUCAAGAAAGCACGGAUGUUUCACUGUCGGACUCUUUGAGUGAAAUUCAAUCUAGCACUUUAAUAGAUAUUCAACCAAGCACUACAAUUGAGUUGCUUUCCAUCACUGAUGCUUUGAGUUAUUACAUCACUACAUCCUCUGUGGCAAGUACUCAUCAGCUAAACACAGACACUAUUCUAGAACCAAGCUCCCAAGAUAGCACAACUCUUCAACCAAGUGCUUUCCCAUUGACUGAUUCAGUUUCAGAAAGCAGUCCUUUGGUAACAUCAGCGUCCAGUUUUCUAACCAAUGUCACAAUUUCACGAUGCCCGUGCUUGUGUAACAAUAAUCCAUUUUGGGAUGAAGCUAAAAUAAAAGUGUACAAGCUUCGACUUUUUGAAUUGUUGCACUUGGAUAAACGGAACUUAUCAAGUACUUAUAGGAAGAAGAAUUGUAUCCGAGACAACAGACCGUUGGCAAUUGCAACUGGUGGUGUUGGUGUUACGGUUAUUAUCUGUGUGUUUCUAUAUUUAGCUUCUAGUGAUGUUUAUUUAGUAUAUAAUCAAGUUAUUAGAAUACUCAAAACGUGA